AUGCCCCUGAAUCCCACAACCGAACUUCUUGGCAAAGCCCUCGUACGCUGCUGCAAAGGUGCUGCGGGCACUUCCACCGGGGCUGGUAUAGCUGGUGGCAUCGUCAUUUGCAAGGUGCUCGUUCCCUUCUCGAUCUUCAUUGUCAAAACAAAGCCGAUCUCGAUGCUCUGGCAGCCCGAGUCCCUGGACUGGGAGAUAUCCUGGCCUACCUGGUAUGGUUUGACGUUACUGGCGCUCUAG